UCAUACAUUAAUUCAAUAACAAUGAUUCUUGUUAGAAUUUAAAUAUCAUUGCGUCUAUCAGUCAAGUUUAAUUCUUUAUUAGGUGAGAAUUACCAAACAAUUUUUACGACAAUGUCUGAAAUUCAACAAUUUUUUGAAGAGCACACUUUAUUUAUCACUGGAGGAACAGGAUUUAUUGGUAAAAUUUUAGUGGAAAAAUUUUUAAGAGGUUUACCGAAAAUUAAAAAAAUAUAUCUCUUAAUAAGAGAAAAAAAAGGGAAAAAUAUUCAAGAGAGAUUUGAAAAUUAUUUUAACGCAGAUUUGUUUCAUGUUUUAAAAGAAAAGAAUCCAUCUGCAAUAAACAAAGUUAUUCCUAUAAGUGGAGAUGUAAUGAAACCUGGUUUAGGUUUAUCAGAUAUAGAUCGUAAGACGCUUAUAAAUGAGGUAUCGAUUGUAGUUCAUUCAGCUGCAACUACAAGAUUUGAUGAACCCUUAAAUAUUGCAGUGUCUAUUAAUGUGGAAAGUGUUUUAGAAAUAAUUAAACUUUGUCGAGAAUUAAAAAAUUUGAAAGUAGCUGUGCACGUAUCUACAGCAUUUAUUCAAAGUAAUCUUAAAAUUAUAGAAGAAAAAGUAUAUCCAAUGCCUAUGACCUAUGAAGAAGCUAAAAAUACAAUUCAAAUAAUAAAACGACGAAAUUUAUCCAAAGAAAAUGAAAAACGAUUUACUAAAAUAUUGUUACAAGAUUAUCCAAACACUUAUGUUUUCACAAAAUCAAUGGCCGAAGGAAUAAUAAGUGAGACAGCAAGUGACCUUCCAUUUUGUAUCUACAGAUUUCCUGUAGCAUUGGGAACCUAUAAAGAACCAUUCGCAGGAUGGAUUGACGUUGCUCAAGGAUUUAAUCAAUUUUUAGUGUGGUUGUCAAUGGGAUAUAUACGCGUCAUAAUUGUUCCUGAUCGAAAAGAUGUUCUCUAUAUUGUACCAGCAGAUUUUGCAUGCAACGCCCUUAUUGCCUCUAUUUGGGACGCUAGUAACAAAAUAAAUAGAAGUUCCAGUACCACUUUACCAGUGUAUAAUUAUGUAAAUAAUGAAAAAAAUCAAAUUACUAAAGGAAUAUUUGAGAAAGUUCUUCUUGAACAUGGACCUAAAUAUCUUCCAAGUACAGCCGUUUAUUUUCCUGAUGCAACUUUAGUUAAAUCAAAAAGAACAUUUAAUAUCUUAAGUUUUUUUGUUCACUUAUUACCAGCAUUGAUCGGUGAUAUUAUUUUAAAGAUUUUAGGGGAAAAACCUGUACUUAACAAAUUUUACAAAAAAGGAUUAAAACUCUCGAAAAGUUUAGAAUUUUUUAUGGAAACAAAAUGGUAUUUUGAGAAUAAAAAUAUUCAAGCAACAUGGAAAAAACUUUCAAAAGAUGAUAAAACUUUAUUUCCAUUUGAUAUGGAAACUGUAGAUUGGAGUCAUGUACUUAUUGAAAUGUGGAAGGGUGUUUUGAAAUAUGUUAUUAAAGAUGAUAUUGGUCCUAAAAGUGAAAAAAGAAAUCUACGUCGAUAUUAUAAAUUAAUGGUGAUACAUCGAACACUACAAGCAAUUUUUUUUAUCUCUAUAAUUUGGUUAACAUGGAAAAUAUUUUUUUAAUUAUUUAAAAAAUUUUUGCUCUUCAUUAAUUUAAAACUCGAUUUAAAAUUAAAAAAAAGUUUCUAAAUCUUUAAAAUUAAGAAAAACAAAAACAAAGAUUUAAAUGAUAAACCAAAAAAUAAUUUUGUAAUUUUUUUUUAUCUUCUUUAUAUGAGAAUAAAGUAAAAAAAAAUUA